CAUGGAGGAAGGGAGAUAGACGGUGAGGCCUGCAUUGCCGAGUUCUUAUCUUCUAUGUGUAGAGAAAAUCGUUGUACAUUUGAUAUAUUUAUGAAAUAUAUGCCUUAAUAACGCGUAAUUGCACAUGCAAAAGAGUGGCAGUUUUUUUUCUUAAAAGGAGCCACGAGGAAGAAGUGUAAAAAACCCGAAAUCUCUCGCAGCACGGUUGACACGUCUUAUCGCCUAAACAGUUUUACACAGCAAAUUGUGAUCGCACCGUUUUUUCAAAGGAUCCCACGAGGUUGUCUCACUCUGAAAAAUGGCGCAAGAGGUCGAAGAAACGAUGAAACGAAUUCAGUCUCACAAAGGGGUGGUUGGAACGAUAGUGGUGAACGCGGAGGGCAUUCCAAUAAAAUCAACGUUAGACAAUACGACGACGGUUCAGUACGCAGGUUUGAUAAGCCAGUUGUCGGACAAGGCCCGCUCUGUCGUGCGCGAUUUGGAUCCGACCAAUGAUUUAACUUUCCUGCGCAUCCGCAGCAAAAAACAUGAAAUUAUGGUCGCACCGGACAAGGAAUUUAUAUUGAUAGUAGUGCAAAAUCCUGUUGAUUGAUAUUUAAAGGAUGCAGCAGUAUAUUGCAAAAUUGAGGUUUCCUUUGGUUAUUAAUUUAUUAAUUCUACACGCUGCGUUUUGACUUUAAUAUUUAUUCAAUUAAGAAAUGAAAGAAUAAAGCUUGUGAAUUAUUAUGCAAUAUUUAAUUUCCAAGAUAAUUUAGCAAGUUGCGCACAGGGCUUUGAAAGCUUUCAUAGUGUUUUCAUUGGCAAUUAAUAUUUUAUAGUACUUUUACGAACCAGUUUGGUAAUAGAUUCUGAAUAAACACUUAAUUAUUCCUACA